AUGGACAAAGUGCUCUCGAAGGAGGCUCAGCCAGACCUGAGUCAGCCAGCCAGGCGCUGGACGCCCCACCCGCAUAUCAGCGGCAAGUGUGACCUGUGCCGGUCCCCAGCCCUCCCUGGGCCCAGCAUUCCUACCAGCCUGAUGCUGGAGGCCAGGCGGCAACCCCCCUGCGAGGGCCCCUCCGGGAGGCCCAUACACCCCAGCCAGCUGCUCCACCCCGUGGCAGCUGCCAGCAUGGGGCCUUGCUGGGCCCUGGCGCUGCUGCUGUCCCUGGCGCCCAUCCUGCGUGGCCAGUCCCCAGCCCCCCAGCCCACCCUGUCCCAGUGGCAGGGCUUCCAGGCGCAGCAGUUCCAGGGUGACUGGUUGGUCUUGGGCCUGGCGGGCAACACCCUGACAAAGAAAGACCGGGCCCUGCUCAAUCCCUUCCUCGUCACCUUCGAGCUCAACGAGAAAGGCCAGCUGGAGGUAUCGAAUGCCAUGACCCGGGGCAAGCGCUGUGACACCUGGAACUACGUGCUGAUGCCAGAGUCCCAGCCAGGGCACUUCCGGGUGGACGGCCUUACAGGGCCGGAGAGCGAGGUCGUCCAGGUGGUGGAAGGUGACUACGACAAGUUUGCCCUGGUGGUCUCCCAAAGACUCACUGGCACCCAGACCAUCCUGCGAAUCAGCCUGCUGGCAGUCAGGGUCUGGCAGCUGCCAUCGGAGGUGAAGAACAAAUUUUUUUGCCUGGCCCAAGGCCAGGGCCUCACACAGGACAACAUCGCCUUCCCAGAUCUGACCGGUAACUGUCCUCGGGAGCGGCCGGGGGAGGAGGGGCCUGGACCCCGAGGUGCUGCACAGCACGGGGUCACCCAUGAGUGGGGGCAGCUGCCCGACCGGGUCCUCCCUCCCCCUGCCCUACCUUUGGGGUGCCUGGGCUCCCCCCAGGGCCCGCGGGCCUGGCCAGUUGAUUGCAAGUCUCCAGUCCCACCUCUGCCUGUCACGCAUGGCAAGCCUCGUCGCGCUGUGGGCCAGCAAGCCAGGCGGGCCCACCGCUGCCCACACGCACCCGCGCAUGUGCACACGCCCACCUUGGCAGGCUGCCACGGGGACUCGGGGCCAGCAGGGGAGGCUCAGGCCUCAGCCCCCCGACCGUCCGCAGCACUGUCCCCACCGCUCUCCCGUUCCUGCCCUCAGACUGGUCACCUGGCUCACACAGCUGCUGAAGACCAAGUGGCCCCGCCCUGGCUCAGCGUGCCCCUUCCCUCCACCUGA